UGAGAUCCACGUGGUUGGAGAGCAGUAUCUGAUUGAAAUGGAGGACUCAGAGAGGCAUAACGGAGCUUGCUCGCUUUUUACAUUUAGAUAGUUAGGUUCAUUAGCGACGUUUUAUAUUAUUGACUCUAUUAUAUUGAUUUGUUAAACUGCCAUUAUGGGAAAGUCAAAGACCAAAAACCAGAGGAAGUCACGUUUGAGUGCGAACCAUGUGGCGGAAGAGGUGUUCGGUGCGGUCCCUCAAGUGUUUCACCGUGGCCAAGUCGGCAAGAAUGUCGGUCAGCUAGUGGAGAACAUGCGGCGCGUCGUGGAGCCCUUCACUGCAGAAUCCCUUAAGGUGAGGAAGAAGAAUGUGCUGAAGGACUUUGUGGCUGUAGCAGGGCCACUGGGAGUGACACACUUCAUGAUCUUCACCAAGACGCCCAGCAGUGUCAACAUGAGGCUUGCUCGGCUGCUUAAAGGCCCUAUGCUCCAUUUCCGGGUGACCAAGUACUCCCUUAUUAAAGAUGUGGUCUCGUCACUGAAGAGGCACAGAAUGCAUGAACAGCAGUUCACACAUCAUCCACUGCUGGUCCUCAAUAACUUUGGCUCAGAGGGCAUGCAUGUCAAACUUAUGGCCACCAUGUUCCAAAACAUGUUCCCUUCCAUCAAUGUGCACAAGGUAGCCCUCAACGCCAUAAAGAGAUGUACUUUGCUGAACUACGAUCCAGUGUCUCAAGAAAUUGAAUUUCGCCAUUACAGCCUGAAAGUAGUCCCUGUGGGCAUGAGUAGAGGAGUGAAGAAGCUGAUGCAGGAAAAGUUCCCCAACAUGAGCAAGUUUGAGGACAUCAGUGAGCUGCUGAUGAAAGGGGCUAAUCUUUCAGAAAGUGAAGCAGAGCAAGAUGGAGAUCACAACAUAACGGAACUGCCACAGAUCUACUCCGGGCGUGGUAACAUGGCGUCUCAACAGAGCGCUGUGAGACUGACUGAGAUAGGCUCACGCAUCACCAUGCAGCUGGUGAAGAUCGAGGAGGGAAUGGAAGAGGGGAACAUUCUCUACCAUGCAGUCAUCUCCAAGACUGAGGAAGAGCUUCAGGAGAUCCUGAUCCGAAAAGAGGCGCAGAUGAAAGAAAAGCAGGAAGAAAAAACAAGAGCCGGAUGUUUCCCUAAAGAAAGCAUUACGGGAGGAAGAACAAGUGAGUGUUAUAGCACAUUGGAACUGCUAUUCAUUCCACCUGAGUUGGAGUGGAACAGUGAUGUUUGUUUCUGUAAUGUCAGGAAAAGAAGCAUGGCAGGCAUCAAGAGGAAGCGCCAGGAGGAGGAAGAGCAUGACCCUGAAGUGACCCUGAAGGUUGUUGAAUCUGACGACGAGGCAGAGUACUACAGACAGGCUGUAGGAGAGGAGCCAGAUGAAGAUAUGUUCCCUGCAGCCAAGAGGAGGCAAAGACCUGAAAGGCCCUCAGGAGGACCCUUCAAGAAGAGGAAACCGUUCUCUGGCGACGACAGGAAAAACAAAUAUGGUUCCAAGUCACCUCAUAGUUUCUUCCACAGAGAUGAACAAAUACCACUAUUAGGAGCCUGUUUGCACAGCCUUUUCCCCUCCUAUUUUCUAAUCUCCUACAGAAAUCAAUACACAAACAUGAUGGAUUACAACUCUUCUUGUCAUGGUGACAAGUUCCAAGUGCAGUUAUUGCCUUCAAUGUACGGUGUUGAGUUCUGCGUGGCGUUGGUUGGUAACCUGUUUGCCCUGAGACUCUUGGCGACCAGGGAGAGGAACAACUGGCACACUGGUGUGGUGCUGUCCUGUAACCUGGCCAUCAGUGACCUGCUCUAUGUCCUCACACUGCCCCUGCUCAUAGUCUACUACAUGCAGGACAAGAACUGGCUGUUUGGGGUGGCGGUCUGUAAGAUAGAACGCUUCCUCUUCACCUGCAACCUGUAUGUUAGCAUCUACUUCAUCAUGUGUAUCAGUGUGAACCGCUAUGUGGCCAUUGUGUACCCCUUCUUCAGCCGGAACCAUGUGAACCCAGACAAAGCCAAGGCUGCCAGUGUCGUCAUCUGGAUCUUUGUGACAGCCAUCUCCUCUCCUGUGCUGAAGUUUGCCUCCACAUGUCCAGAGGGAAUCAACAAAACCCGUUGUGUAUCCUACUCCUAUUGCACCAACAGUGAUGCAGUUGCAUACACUCACUUGUUUUACAAAUUCUUUCUGUCUGUGGUUGGGUGUUUUAUUCCCUUCCUGGUCACAUUUGCAUCAUACUGCGCAGUGUUAAGGGUGGUGUGGAGGAAUGUGAAUAUAACCUCCCUGGAGAAACGGAAGGUGGCCCUGAUGGUGUUUGCAGUGGUUGUGCUGUAUGCCAUUUCCUUUGUGCCUUAUCACCUCCUCCAGAGCUACUAUUUCUACCAGAAGGUUGACGAACUUGGCUCUGUCUGCGACUGGGUGUACAAGGCCUACCAGGUGUCCAAGGGACUGGCUACACUGAACAUGUGCAUCCAUCCACUGCUCUACAUGGCUGUGUUUGAUAACAUCCGAGUCGCCUGCUGUGGAAGGAGCUCAGCAGAUAUGGCAAUGAAUAAUACAUGAACAAAAUGAUGCUCUCGCUGCUCUUUGGAUGCUUGCACUUAUGGUGUUUCUGAUAAGCAAGUGUUACACACAGUUGAUGACUUAUCUGUAAAUAACUGCAGCUAUAUGCACUUCCUUCCAAUGUUCUGAUGUAAGAUGUUUUUGAUGGUCAUGUUUCUUUUCAUGAUGUCUAAACUAUGCCCUCUUCUAUAUUCAUUAUUACAGUAUCAGAUAAUAGAAAUUGAACAUAUUCAAAAUAACUAUUUGAAAUGUAGCUACAUUACAACAUAAUAACUUACAGUUUUCACAUGAUGAGAAAUAUAUUAACACCAAAAGCACUGGAUAAAAAGUCAUUAUAACAAGCAUUGUGUGCCUUAUGAGACAGUGGAUGGUGGUUGGAAGAACGCGCUUGAUUGAAAAAGAAAAUAGUCGCGGUAGCUAUUGAUAAAGAAGAACAUCAGGAGGAAGCAGCUGCUUUACAAGUGGGAUGCACUGAUGAUCGCUACAUCACGAUGGGUUGUGCUGAUUGAACAUAGAUUGUGACAGCCUUACAAAUACUGCAUACCAAACAAAGUUAAGGAAGUGCACUUCAACAUUUUGCAUAAGAUAUACCCAUGUAAUUCUAUGAUUUCCAAAUUUGUGGCUAUUGAUAUCUGCGUUUUCUGUGAAAAAGAAGGUGAGAAUCUGUCUCACUUGUUCUUUGAAUGUAAAUUUGUGUCAGAAUUAUGGGAAAACCUUGCAAAGUACUUAUUUACCAUUAUGAACACUGCCUAUAAUUUUAACAUAAAAUAUAUAAUAUGUUACUAUUGCAAUUAUAACAAAACCACUGAAAUGAUUGUUAUUUUUUAAAUUCUUGUUGCCAAAUACUUUAUACACAAACAAAAAUUCUAUACCAAAAUUACCAAUUUUUCUGAUUGAAUUUAAUUAUCUUAAUAAAACACUAACCCUAGUGAAUAACAAAAAGAAUAACAUCUUCAUGAAUCAUAAGAUAUUUUCAGAGUGAAUAUAAUUGCACUUAAAUUGUUUCUUUUUUGUAUUUUAUAUUUUUUGUAUGUUUGAGCAUUGUUAAUACCUGUGUUUGGUUUGCUAGACAUGUUUGAUGUAGCAAUGUAAGUUGAUUUUUGUAUUAUGAAUAAAAUACAUUUAUAAUAAA